AUUGCCUGGGUAAAAAGGAAAACCCUGAACUCUAAUGAGAAGAUCUUGCUGCUGCUGGGAUGCUCCAGGAUUUGCGUUUUAUGCUUCUCAUGGGUAUACCAGUUCAUUUCCGUAAUGUAUCCGAACAUCCUUCAUGUUCAAACCAUACUUCAACUACUUUCAUCUUUUGCAGCAGCUUUUAAUUAUUCCAACGUGUGGGUCUCAGCCUGUCUUUGUGGUUUCUACUGCAUAAAAAUUGCCAAUUUCAGGAACAGCUUCUUCAUCUACCUGAAAGUAGAAGUUCACAGGAUGGUGCCCUGGCUCUUGUUGGGGUCAGAGAUUGUAGCCUUGGCUAUGGGCAUUGUUGUGUAUGACCUCCAUGAAACUCUGCACAACAACAUCACUGCCACCAGCCAAGAAAAUUUUUGGGAAGUAACUAUCAGAAAGGAUAAACAUCUUUUAAUUUCCUGUUUUCUUUCUGGUCUCGUGUUUGCUCUCCCAUUCCUGGCAGUCAUCUUUUCUGCUGUUUUCCUUCUCUUUUCCCUCUGGAGACACAAGCACACGAUGCAGUCAAGCUCCAUGGAGGACCUCAGCAUGGACGCCCACAUCAGAGCCAUGAAAUCUGUCCUCUCCUUCUUAGUGAUGUACAGCAUCAACUUUGUAUGUUUGGUCUUGACAAUAAUUUAUGCCAUGAAGAAAGAAAAUAUCAUCACACUCCUUAUUUACAUAUAUCUGUUUGCUUUUCCAGGUAUUGAUUCCCUUAUUCUGAUUUUCAGUAAUCCCAAGCUGGAAAAAGCAAUGCUGAAAAUCCUCUCCUAUGUGAAGUGUGAGUUGUUCAUGAAAUAG